AUGGGGGUUCUGGUGGCACUGUGGGGAGUGCUGAGCUUCCUGGGGGUGGCUCCGGGGGGCUCCCCUGCCCUCCACUUGCACAGCACCUCCUGCCACUUGGCCAGGCCCAUCGCCAGCAUCUCUUUGGGGUCCCUGAGAUUCCUGGGCGAGGAUGUCCAGGGACUAGCCCUGUUCCAUGCCCGCUGGGAUGGGCACGGGAGAUUGCAGGUGUGCAGCCGGCAGGAUGAGCCAGAGCUCACUGCAGCUUUCGGUGCGCUCUGUGCUGGUGAGAUCACCCGAGGCUCCUUCAUCCACACCCCUGGACCUGAGCUGCAGAGAGCCCUGGCCAUCCUUCAGAGCCAGUGGGAGGUCUGCCAAGGGCCUGCUCAGAGUCCAGCGGGGACCAGGCAGAAGCAAGCAGCAGGGCGGAGUGGAGCGCCUGGCAUCGGGCACCAGCGGGUGAAGAGGGGCUGGACUAUGCCUGGCACGCUGUGGUGUGGAGUUGGGGACUCUGCCAGGAACUCCACGGAGCUGGGGGUCUUCCAGGGCCCUGAUCUCUGCUGCCAGGAACACGACCACUGCCCCCAGACGGUCUCACCCUUCCAGUACAACUACGGCAUCCGGAACUACCGAUUCCACACCAUCUCCCACUGCAGCUGUGAUGCCAGGUUCCAGCAGUGCCUACAGAGCCAACGGGACUCCGUCUCCGACAUCGUGGGCAUGGUCUUCUUCAAUGUACUGGCGAUCCCUUGCUUUGUGCUGGAGGAGCAGGAGGCCUGUGUGGAGUGGUACUGGUGGGGCGGGUGUAGAAGGUACGGCUCUGUGCCACUUGCUCGUCUCCAGCCCAGGACCCUCUACAAUGCCUCUUGGAGCUCCCCUGCCACCCCAACUCCCAGUCCCCAGAACACAGCCCCAAGCCAGCCUCAGCCGAUACAGCAUCCUCAGACGUGGCCAGCACAGCAGAAAGAGUCCAUGCACCCCAGUCAAGCCAAGGCCACAGCCCUCCAGGCUCCUGCGGCCUCCGCUGGGCCUGCCAUGCUCCCCAGAGUCCAGCUGGAGGUCACCAAUCCAGGCCUCCAGGGGCCUCGGGGUGGCCUAAAACCUCAGGGUAUCCGCCGGGCCUGCCGCAGCUUCCGCCGCCUGGACCGGUGUGAGCAUCAGAUUGGGCCCCAGGAGACCAAGUUCCAGGUGUUCAACAGCGCCCGGGACCCCCUCUUCCACUGCAACUGCACGCGCCGCCUGGCCCGCUUCCUGAGGCUCCACAACCCACCCGUGGGCGCCACCGUGCUUCGGGAGCUGCUGGGCAUGACCUGCUUCAAACUGGUCCCUCCGCUGGACUGUGCGGAGGACAAAGGCUGUUCCAGUGACCCCAGGGCCAUCAGAGUGUCAGCUCGGCACCUGCGGCGACUUCAGCAGAGGCGACGCCAGCUCCAGGGGACGGGCGCACACCACAGGCAGGCAAGGCCUUCAGAGCACCCAAAUGCCUCCAUGUCAUUCUAUGACCGGUGCCUGCAGCUGACCCAGGGAGCCAGAGGACCCAAAGGACAGCAGAAACCCUGGAACCAGUGA